GUUUCAAGAUGGCGGACGGAAAACAGAAUUUUUUCCUCUCUCCUCUUUUACUGUUUCUUCAAAUAUCCUUUAAAAUGGUGGUAUGUGUGGAGUCUCGUGGAGACGAGUUGGUUUUCACCCUAGAGCACUGUCUGACCGAAGGAACAAAUGCAGUUUUUAAGCCAAGGGGAACCAUUCAUGUCAAGAGUCUUAAGAGUUCCAGUGGAAUAUUUUCAGAGCAGGAAACACUCUCAUUGGAAGAUGUGAACAACCUAAGGGAUUUAGCAUCAACUAAUGGUUAUUAUAGAAUACGGUUACAGCCCAAGUCUGCAGAAAGCAGUGAUGAUGUAGAUAACAGUGUUACAACAUUUGUCAAAGCUUGUGCACUGUUUACAUCAAGACUCACAGAGACUAUAACUCUGUCUCUUGACAAUGCAGGACACUUGUAUGGGGUUGGAUUAAUUGUCCCUGAUGGUGGCUGUGAAGCAAAGACACUCAACUUGGAUGGAAUGAGCCUGCCGUCUAGCUUUAACACAUCUGUUGUUGUCAUGCUCCAAGGAACAGGACAACUUCCUGAAACAGCGACCUACAUUCAGAAACUUGAGAAGGAAAAACGAGACAAAGCAGCAGGACAGACACAGGACAACAGAUCUUUUCUGGCAAAAUAUUGGAUGUACAUAGUACCUGUUGUUGUGUUAAUGAUGCUCACAUCCCAGCAACCAGAGCAACAAGGAGAGGGAGGCAGUCAAUAAACACACUUAAAGUGAACAGUAACACCUAAAAGAACACUGAGCUCCAAUUCACAACUGUUUUGGUUGCCAUGGCUAGUGGAGAAAUUUAUUUUUUUUAUCAACUAAAUCUGAAGUGAUUGACAACAAACUGGCAACCUGUGUUGGGUAGUCAACUAGCUAGCUCCAACAUUUUGUUAGUAUCCUUAAUUUUUAAGGUUUAAAGUUGAAGCGAAAUGUUAUUAAAUUCUCUGUCCUUUUCUUUUCAUGAUAAAAACUUGGUUUUCUGGUUGUUAGGCCUUAAGAUAUAACAUAAACCCCAAUAAAAAUGAUUGUUAGCUAUAUUGCUUACUUCUAAGACAAGUGGAGUAGUCAGUGGUGCAGCAAAUCAUGUGGGAUUGAAAGAAAAAAAAUGUCUGGGUUUUAUGCCCAGUAAGUACAUAUUUCAUGAACACAAUUUUGGGGGUUAUCACUGGCUCAUUACAGAGAAGAUAGGCCAUGUCUUGUUUCUUUCUAUUAAUUUUUUUUCCUUUCUAUUUUAUCAACAUUUAUCAACAACUUAAUAGUACUAGGAAGCAAAAGCCAAUUGUUUGAGUUUAUAAUUUUUUUUAUUCAGACUGUAUUAGUACCACAGAUCUAAGCUUUCACGGACAAGUUUUAUCUUAGAUUUGAUCCACUUCUUCCUCUUCCUGACAAAGUACUACUAUAAUCAUACCCCUAAUUUAUACAACAAAAACGUUUGAUAAUUAUUUUAUGUUGUGACCAGCACAUGAAAAUAAAACUGCUUGGUAUCAACUUAACACAGUUGUUACUCAGGAAAUGCCUAUAAUUAUUAGUUAUCCUGGUUUGGUGCAGAUGUUACCUGAUAAUAAAAAAAUAUCCACUUUUA